AUGGCAGAUAGCUACUUUGGUAUUUUUAAGGCAUUUGGAGAGGCAAGGAUGCAACAUCUUAUCUUCUGUUGCAAGAAGGUCUUCUAUAAAAGGAGUUUAAGAAAGAUAAUACCUGAGAAUGUUUUAAAAACGAAUAAAUCUACGGACCCACCCAUCGUUUCUCGAGUGAAUGGCUGGUCUAUGCCCCUCCACUCCUUCCAGUUCAUUGCUUGGGCAGCCUACACGUACAUGGCCAUCAUAGCUUUUGGAUUGUUCAUUCCCUUGCUGCCAUAUUUUUGGAGAAACAUCACCUACACUGUUAUGGGCAUAUUAUUUGUGUUUCACUUUGUUGUUCAUAUUACUGCUAUCACAAUUGACCCAGUUGAUCCAAAUGUACGGGACAAAGAAAGCUAUGGCAAGCCCAUGCCUGCCUUGGACAGGACCAAACAUAAGCACGCAAUUCAGAACCAGUACUGCAACCUAUGUAAAGUCACAGUGGAGGUGAAAGCCAAGCAUUGUAGUGCCUGCAACAAGUGCAUCUCUGGCUUUGACCACCACUGCAAAUGGCUCAACAACUGUGUGGGAAGGAGAAACUACUGGUUUUUCUUUAGUAGCGUGGCCUCCGCUGCUCUUGGUAUCAUCUUCCUUAUUAUUUUACUCCUGUACAUCUUCAUCAAGUACUUUGUGAAACCAGAGGAACUUCGCACAGACCCCCAUUUUGAAAGCUAUCCUCACAAUACAUGGCUGGUGUUUCUCCCUUUGAUUCCAGUGCGGACAUCUCCCUUCGUGCUCCUGACGAUAGUUGUGUUCACUUUGCUGCUGAACUUUGCGAGCCUCUUGUUCAUUGGACACUUAGUAGUGUUCCACCUCUACCUAAUAGCCCGGAAACUGAGCACCUUUGAUUAUAUGGCCCAAGGACGUCAAAAGCAAAGUGGAAAUCUCCAAUUAAAAAUUUCUUCACCACUGAAAUCCUCCCUUUCUGGGUGUAAGAGUGGCCUAUUGAAUGAAGAGAAAAAAAGACCUAACUUGCAAGCUUUAUGUAUAGGAAGACAGCAGGAUGUAGUAGUCAAUGCCAUAGAAACGAUCAAGCCCUGAAGAAAAAAACAAGAAACGGGUGAAGAUGGAACAGAACAAAAGAACAGAAUGUUUUCUCCUCUGAAGAUUCUCUUAAUUCAGAGCCCUUCCCAUCCAUAGCAAUCCUAGGUGGGUCUCCAAAAUUAGAUAGUCUAAUGCUUCUAUCCAGCCUUAGUUCAACUCAACAGAGC